AGCAGAGCUGUGUCUGCAUCCCUCGCCCAGAGGAGCCCGUGCGGUGCGGGGCGGGCCAGGAGAGGAGAGGCCUUCCUCCCUUUGUGCUCCCCCCGCCCCCCCCGGCCCUAUAAAUAGGCCCAGCCCAGGCUGUGGCUCAGCUCUUGGAGGGAGUCAAGCGCCAGGCAGCUGUCUCGAGCCAAGCCCCCCUGCCAGCAUGGCCAGCGAGUUCAAGAAGAAGCUCUUCUGGAGGGCAGUGGUGGCCGAGUUCCUGGCCAUGACCCUCUUCGUCGUCAUCAGCAUCGGUUCUGCCCUGGGCUUCCGUUACCCCGUGGGGAGCAACCAGACAGUGGUGCAGGACAACGUGAAGGUAUCACUGGCCUUCGGGCUGAGCAUCGCCACGCUGGCCCAGAGCGUGGGCCACAUCAGCGGCGCCCACCUCAACCCGGCCGUCACGCUGGGCCUGCUGCUCAGCUGUCAGAUCAGCAUCCUCCGGGCCAUCAUGUACAUCAUCGCCCAGUGCGUGGGGGCCAUCGUCGCCACUGCCAUCCUCUCGGGCAUCACUUCCUCCCUGUCCGACAACUCUCUCGGCCGCAACGACCUGGCUAAGGGAGUGAACUCGGGCCAGGGCCUGGGCAUCGAGAUCAUCGGUACCCUGCAGCUGGUGCUCUGCGUGCUGGCCACCACCGACCGGCGGCGCCGUGACCUCGGAGGCUCGGCCCCGCUGGCCAUCGGCCUGUCUGUAGCCUUGGGUCACCUGCUGGCGAUUGACUACACCGGCUGUGGCAUUAACCCUGCCCGGUCUUUCGGCUCCGCGGUGAUCACCCACGACUUCAGCAACCACUGGAUUUUCUGGGUGGGGCCGUUCAUCGGGGGCGCCCUCGCCGUGCUCAUCUACGACUUCAUCCUGGCCCCGCGCAGCAGCGACCUCACAGACCGCGUCAAGGUGUGGACCAGUGGCCAGGUGGAAGAGUACGACCUGGAUGCUGACGACAUCAACUCCAGGGUGGAAAUGAAGCCCAAAUAGAGGCGACCUGGCCCGGGCAUCGUGAAGGGGUGGGGCAUGGGCGGGCGGAGGGCGGGGAGGGCAGAAACCAUAUUGUAGACACUCUGACAAGCUGGCCAAAAUCACUUCCCAAAGACCCACCAGACCUGGGUGGUCAAGUCACAGUUGGGGGCGUUUCUAUCACUUUCUUUCUCUUUCUGUUCCCUGGCCUCAGAGCUUUCUGGGGACCAAGACGAUUUGCCAAUUCACCCACUCCCUUGAAGUCGUGGAGGAGGUGAAAGAGAGGGACCCACCUGCUAGUUGUCCCCUCAGAGUGUGAUGGGAGGUGUGCCAGAAAGUCCCCCCCUUUCCCAAAGUUGCUCACCAACCCACCUGCUGCAGGUGCCUGGGCCUCCGCCACUACCGCUUCGUGCCUUUGGGCAGGGCCCUCCAGAUUCUUCCAGCAUGCCCCCUGCCCCUGCGAGAGCCGUGCAGGGGAGAGACGCCAGGGGAGGCAGGGCAGGGCAAGCUGCAGACUCGCUUCGCCCCUUCGGUUGGGGUUGCUCCCAGGGCCUUCCACCUCGGACUUGCUGCAUGACCUUGGGAUUGUCCCUAUCUCAGGGCCCGUCUCAGUGACCCUGCUGGAAAGUGGCAAGGACAAGAAGAUCUGCACGCGCCCGAGGCACCCUGAGGUCCUGCAACUGUAAACACACCACAAGUUCCAAAAGAGGUCGCUAGAUAGUGCUGCCCUGGGUUCUUUUCCCCAGAGCCUAGCUGCAUUUACGCAUGUGUGUGCACAUGUGUGCACGUGCUGACACGCUUCACAGCUGGGAGCGAAAGGCAGUCCUGGUUCCCUGUGGAGAGGCUUCCCCGACAAGGCUGGCUGUGGCAGGGUGAGGGCCCUUGCGAGGGCGAAGGAGGAAGGCCCACCUCCCUUCGCAUCGCCACAUCGUUUCCACUGUUAUUUCAGCUCUCCGCUUCCUCUUGCCAGUGUAGACACAGGAGGCCAUUCUGAGGGUGUGAGUUUAUUAAAUAAGCCCCAAGUUUGAGGCCAGAGUGAUCCUGAUGCAGAGCAGCCGGGGUGGCAGACGCCCUCACUGGGCCCUUGGAAGGUUUCCAUGCCCAUAGCAGGUCCUGAGCUGAAAGAUCAAUGGCCCCCCUUGUUCAUGAGCCCUGCGUGGAGGCAUCUUGGGGAGGUUGCUGACCUGCAUGGGCUGGCUGUGUGACCCCCAGUCAUAGCCUGCCUCCCUGGCUCAGAGGGGAGAGACGAGCUUGACCUGAUGAAGCAGCUGCAAUGCAGGCCAGGGACUGCAGUUUGGAGCAGGGCUCUCUUGGGGGCCCAGUUCUCCCCUCACUAUAAGUCCGUUCAGUCCAGUGGGGCCAGAGCACCCCACCACUGCUCAGCCCGGCGAUGUGCAUGCAGGCCUCUAGACGUGCAGGCCAACCAGGAGGCCCUUGGCACCACCCACACUUCACAUCUGCACAGUCUUUUCUCCAUUCCCCAGCAGCAGGAAGUUCUAGUCCACUUCACAGAUAAGGAAACUGAGGCCCAAGGUCCCAUGGCUAGAUAACGAUUUGGCCCGGCCUGUCUCUGGCGGCUUCCUGGACCAGGAUGCUGAGCCUUCUCAUGCUCAGCUUCUCGAUUUCUGCCUGAGCGCUGGCCAGGGUCCAGGGGGUGAGGGUAGCGACAGGGCACGGGGCUGACCCACUCCCUGCCUGGCCUAGCUGCUGCACUGGGACCCUGCAUCUGUCUUCUCUGUGUAUAUGUCUCUCUUGAUUUGGAAUUUUAUUAACCAUUAAGAAAAUAAAGGAAAAUGACUUGGAAAGU